UGGAAAUAUCAAGAUUCUUAUUUGUUUAAAAUCAAACUUGAAACAGAAACAACUAUUGUUACAUGUAAUUGUUUCAUAGGAAUGGCUCAUCGAAAAGUCCUAGCUCUUAAAGGGAAAUGACCGUACAUUCUUAUUUAAAGACAUUUAACGCUUUGCGGCAGUAAGACAGCUUCUUAACUUCAUGUAAAGAGUAUACCCUUUCCAGCCUAUUUCUUCAAUAAAGGUUUAUCACCGACUUAGAUAACAUAAGUAUAGUAAACACACAAACUGCUCUUGUGUUAUUAUUCAAAUAUUUUCAAUUAAAUAUGGAUGAAGAGAAGGCAUCAUCAACGGAGCAUUUGUUGUGGGUUAGACAGGGAUCUAACAGGCGAGAAAUUCUUUCAAAAAAUGUGAAGAUAUUUUUGUUAACACUGGUUGUGGCGUUGUUAAUAUCAAUAUGCACACUUUCAAUCGUGGCUGUAAUAUACAGCUACCAUGCAUGGGCAGAUAUUGCACAGAUUAAAAAUGAACUUGAAGAGAAAUACGACAGUGAUAUUGUUAAUACAACUCCGCAGGCGGUAUCAGAGUGGUUAAAAAACUUUGAUGGAGAAUUUGACUCAGAGAGCGAGGAAGAAUUCUUGGAUGAUGCAGAUUACGAUUAUGAUGACAGUGAAGACUACGAAGAUGAAAUUUCUGUGAAGGAAUACGACGACAGUGAUGCAUCCGAUGGUGACGAAGACCUGGAUAACAGCGAUGAGUAUCAUUAUGGAUCUGGGGAUAGCCUGUCCGAAGGAGUUGCUGGAAAGAGGAUUAUCGAAAAGAGGGACGCUGAAGACAGCGCGGACUUCUUCGUUAAAGACGAGAAAAGGGUUUCUGAAACAGAUAACAUAGGUAGAAGCAAACGGGCGAAAAAAGGAAAAAGGAGACUUGCAAAGAUUGCAAAGAAAGUCAAGGAAAUGGAGGGAGAUAUAAAGGCUUUGACAGAGGAGCUUAAAAAGAAAAGCAGCAGUAACCUGAAAGCCGCCCAUUUCGUCGAUAGGUUUUCUGACGAUUUUGUAAAACGCAAUUUACAGGCCUACAGUGAAUAUGAAAUGCCAGUUAAAUGCGAGUUUAUAUCAUCGCUGGACGGAAUAUUAUGUUUGAACAAAACAUUCACCCCGAAGACAUCCGCCGCACUGAAGAUCUUUAAAGAAGCAGACUGGGUGAAAGAUUCACCGGUGACUCUAACCAACAACUCUAAGGCCGUGGUCAAGAAAUCAGGAUUGUUCUUCGUUUAUGCAUCGGUUAUGCUAGAAGGAAGAGAACAAAAGAAGACGAUUUCAAUCAUUUUCAAAAACCAAAACGGGACAGCGAUCGGCAAUUACACGUGCCAAACGGGUGUGCACGUGGCUCACUUUGGAAGCAAUGCAACACAAUCCCAAACCUGUUCCAUUCAAGGCCUAAUGUCCCUGAAUGCAAAAGAUACUAUUGAGAUAUUUGGCAAGAAAGACUCCGCUGGCCUCUUGACAAACUUUGGCGUUAUUCAGAUCAGCCAAACUAGCUAGGCAUAUCAAAGUUUGUCGACGAUGGUUGUGGGUAAUUGACAGGCUCUUCUUUAGGCAGCAUUUUAUAAGCAUAUUCCAAACAAUUGCGUGUUUGUUUAUUUGUUUUGAAAUCAUUGAAUAUGGCUUAGUGAUUCAUGAGAAUAAAUAGCGUUUUAGCCAUUGAGUUGAUAGUGUUGUACUUAUCAAAGCUGGAUAAACAACAUUCAGUCAAUCUCUGCAUAUAUACAUGGCGUGUAAGAUCCGUGUUGCAGGAUGUGUAUGAAAUGCAGUGAUCUCUACAAAUAAGGGCGAAUGAUCAUGGGUGGUUUUCAAUAUGCAACACAAGUCAUUCUCAUGGUCAUACAUCAUUGACUUCAUUCACUGUAUAUACCCGUUAUUUAUAUCAAACACUCCGAUUAGCUACAUCGUUCAUAGGUUCAUAAAAGACUAAUAUUGAAUACCAUCCCAAAUUUAAAAACAUGGAUUGACAAUGGAUGAUUGUUUAGAAUUUUGCUAAAGUUAACAAUUUUUGUUGUUACGUGUGAUCUGCGAUGUUCCUUUCAACAUUUGAGUCAACUGUUUAAGUUAAACUUGUUUUAUUUAAAUAUAUUAGCACAACAUCAAACAGUUCAUCCUUGAAAGUUAACAACGAUGUCGUUAAGUUGAACAACUGUGCCAAUGUGUGUUAUGUAAAUAAUUUCAUAUGUAACAUAUCAUUUGUUAACUGCUCGUAUAGAUGCUUUUUGUAUAUAUAUUUUGGGUAUUUAUUUGUUGUUUAUUUAUUUGAAAGUAUGACUUUAUAGUAUGAAUUCACAUUGCAUGACAGUCUUACUAUGGUAAUUGUACUAAUUAAAAUAUACGUCUAAAAUCAUA